GGUCCGACCAAUCGGAAAUCUUGCUUUGACUGCGCUACGAUGAAGGCUGAACCAAACCCGUUGUACAAAUGGAAUAAUUGUAGUCUUUACGUGAGUAAUUUGGAAAAAUGUGAUCUACAUCCAAAAUUUUCCCAGCUCAAAAUCUAAUAAGACACGAUAAUGACUCCACUCGAACUGCUCGUCGUGGCGGAAGUAAGGAAAUCGUAAAGCAACUCUUAAAUGAAACCCGGAAGCUGUUACCGCUUUUCACUUUUACACACGCAGGAGUGUGUGUGCGUGUUCGCCGUGGAAACGACUCUUGCUUUCCUGCUGUGUCGCUCACCGUAAAACCACAUUGACGCCCAGGCAGUAUGAGCAGAGAGCUCAACGUGCCCACGGGCUCGCCGGCCCCGGGCAUGUCGGAGCGGGCCCCGGAUGGCGGCAGCGGCGGCAGCAACAUGGACUACCGGGACUGGGUGCGGCGCAGCUACCUGGAGCUGGUUAGCUCCAACCACCAUUCGGUGCAGGCCCUCUCCUGGAGGAAGCUCUACCUGAGCAGGGCCAAGCUCAAGGCCUCCAGCAGGACCUCGGCGCUGCUGUCUGGCUUCGCAAUGGUGGCCAUGGUGGAAGUGCAGCUGGAAAUGCAGUACAGUUACCCGCGCGUGCUGCUGGUGGCGUUCAGCGUGUGCACCACGGUGCUCGUGGCCGUGCACCUGUUUGCGCUGCUCAUCAGCACGUGCAUCCUGCCCAACGUGGAGGCGGUCAGCAACAUCCACAACCUCAACUCGGUCAGCGAGUCGCCGCACGAGCGCAUGCACUACUACAUCGAGCUGGCGUGGGGCUUCUCCACCGCGCUGGGCAUUCUGCUCUUCUUGGCCGAGGUGGUGCUACUCUGCUGGAUCAAGUUCCUGCCCGUGGACUCGGGAGGUGCCGCCGCCGCGGCGCCGACGAUGACGGCCCCGGUCGCGCAAGACAGCGGCUGGCUGGCGGCGCUGGCGUCCACCAUCAUCAUGGUGCCCGUGGGCGUCAUUUUUGUGGUGUUCACCAUCCACUUCUACCGUUCGCUGGUGCGCCACAAGACGGAGCGCCACCACCAGGAGAUCGAGGAGCUACACAAGAUCAAGGUGCAGCUGGACGGCCACGAGAGGGCGCUGCAGGUAGUGUGACGGACCAUUGAUAAACAUCAUUCACCAGCUUCCCUCUAGGUGACUGUUAUUUAUUCACAAACGUCAAAUUACUGUAUGCUUCUGUGCGCUUUUUUUUUUCUCUCCAAAGUGUCCAUUUUGUGCUUUCGGCCAUUUGUGCAUUUAUUCAGUAUCCUUGAUGUCCAUUUACGAUGUCGGGGACGGGGGAUAUGAAAUUGACCAGAUUUGGACACGGGGAUUGAUAUCCAAUAAAUGCUCAAGUGGCAUUCCUUCUUCAGGUCCAUGUACUAGUAUACUCAAAAAUCACAGCAGGAGUAAUAACACGUACAUUUCUGCCCCCCCCCCCCCCCCCCCAGAAAGUUUGUAACAUGAAAAAUUCACAUAAUUCUGCAACCCUUCUCAGUCACUGCAAGUUCUUCAAACCAAUUGACUGUACGAUUUUGGUGUUUUUAAGCAUGCGUUUUUGCACUUUCAAUCUAUGGAAAGCAGCUCGAGUUCCAGUUCCGACUUUUGGUCUCUCUGUCCUCACCCGUAAGACAAUUCAGUGCACUUUUGUCUUCAGCGCAAUAUCAAAUGAAUGAAUGAAUUAUUUAGACGUCUUCUUUGACUGCGCAGCGAGUCGUGUUGAAUGUUUUUACAGAAAAAGGGCUACGGCGUUCUUUGUGCCAUGUUGUUGUUGUUACUACGCUGCGGCUCAUCCGCUCAGCCUUUUGUCGCCGUCCAAUGAAAAACACAAAUGUCCCUUUGGUGAUUGUCACUCGUGUGCCUGCCUGAUGUCAACGGUGGAACUGUCAUAAAUGGUCCCAACCUGAUACAGAUGCGACUAGCACGUGUUUGAAAAUGUCUUCUCAUACCUGUUCCUCAAAAAAAAAAAGUCGGGGGGGGGGGGGGGGACAAAUUGUUGGAGGCUCAAGUCUUAGUAUUAAUUUUCUUUCAGAAACCCAAAUGAAAUGAAAAAAAAGAUUUUUCUUCAUAUUUUGAGAUUGAAAAAUGGAUCGGUGCCUUUCAGUGGACGGCGCAUUUUGUUUUAUGCACUCGGAGGUCAUGUCAUUCGGAACACUACCUUCACCAACAUGAAUGGUCGCAGCUCAACGGUGUUUUUUCCCACACAUCUUGAAAACUGUUGAUGUACAUGCAUCAAUUACUUUUGUUUACUAGUGUUUGCCCAAGUGCCACUCAAAACACCUUGGCUGGAUUGGAUUAAAUUAUGCUGGUGUUCCCAAUGAAAUGGUCUUUGUGUGAAUAUAGAAAUGUUACAAUUUUUGUCUGUAUUAUUUGCGUCUAAAUGCUACCAAAGCCAAACCAGGUCAUUGUCACCACUGAAUGUGAUGUCUACACUGCUUGGGUGAUGAUUUAACUGUCAGUCUUAAGCCAAUUUUGGUAAAGUAUACUGUUUUUACUUAAGCCCCGCCCCCUUUUUUCACCAUUGCCUUUGUUAUUGAAAAAUCUCACGCCUCCUAAAGCUCCUUUAAAUGGGGAAAAGCUCUUCAGUUUGUUUGCAUGGGGAGCUCAAAACCAAAAGGUUUCAGACACCAGUUGAAGGAAGACGUGCUAACUUUCUUGCAAGCCGUGAAGCCUCUUUGGCUAGCGAAAAAGAGAGCUUUGCUUAAUCUGCUCAAUAGAGGUGACCAAUGACAGUAAUAAAAACAAACUAGGGUUCUUGUCGGAUGACACACGAGCAUCCCCCGCCCUUGAGGUGGGGAGUGGUACUACAAGUUAGCUUGGUAUCUUUUGAGUCUCCGAAAUGCACCUUUGAAUUAUGAACAUGUUACUGUGAUCAACUCUUUGUGCUGUUUACACGAACCCUAUUGCUAAAAAGGUUAAACAAGCAAACCACAGACCUCCCUCGAGCGUCUGAAUGCAAGUUUUGCUCGUUAAGUCAUUUUACCGACUUUGUUACACAUUCCGUAUGACUCAUCUGAUCAACAUGUUCACGUCUCUUUUACCAACAUGUUACUGAAUUAAACGCCCUCAUUCUCA